AUGGCUCCUCCCGGCCCGCCCUCCAGCUCACCUUCACCCCGGACCGCCGCCGCGGCCCCCCCGCGCCCAAGCCCCGCCCCCGCCCACCCGCGCGGCCAAUCCGCGCCCGCGGGGGGCUCGCGCAGAGCCGCGGGACGGAGCGGCCGCGGGGGCUCCGCGCGCCCCGCCCGCCGGGCCCGGAGCGCAGCGCCCGCCGGCACCGCCGGCCGUGGGCAGGGGAACAACAACAACAGCAGUAGCAGCGGCGCACACCGCAGGACACGCACCGCCGCGGGCCCCGGGGCUCCAACGCUGCCCACAUCUCUUCCCCAACGUGGCACCGCCGCCGCGCGCCGCCAGCAGAGCCCCGGACGCGCUGUCCCCUCCGCGGCGACUAACGGUGCCGGCCUACCCCGCGUCUCAGCCCCGCGCCUCGGCUGUCCCGCAGUGGCCUCCGCGCCUUCCCCGGGGGUUCCCGGCCCGCCGUGGGGCACCGCACUCCUCGCCCUCCCAGCCGGGAGCGCGCCCCGCCGCCCCGCACUCCCAGCCGGGAGAGCGCCCCGCCGCCCCGCACUCCCAGCCGCGAGAGCGCCCCGCCGCCCCGCACUCCCAGCCGGGAGCGCGCCCUGCCGCCCCGCACUCACAGCCGGGAGCGCGCCCUGCCGCGCUGCGCCCCGCGGGAGCCGCCGCCGCCGGGACCGGAGUCGGUCGGUCGGGCUAGGUGUGUGGGCGCGGAGCGGAGCGGUGCGAUCCGGAGCGGUGCAGCGCGCUCGGGCCUCUCCGCCGCCGGUCGCGCUGCCAGCGCCGCUCAAAACAAAGGGGUUGGCGGGGCAUGUGACCUCCGAGCCACUGCACAUGAUGUCACCGGCUCCGCGCGGCCCUGGGAGCUGUAGUUCUGCCGCCCCGCCCGAAGACGGCCCCGCUGCCGGGCGGCCGUCAGCGCCCCGGGAGGAGCCGGGGACAAACGGCGGGGACGGGAGAGCCUCGGCGGCAAUGGCAAUGGGUGGCAGCAGCUGCCGUCGCUACGAGCUCUUGCCAUCGCCGUCCCUUUGCCGGGGCAGGGGGAGUACACCCCACGUACCCCACAAGUAUACCCGACCCACCCCGUCCCGUGAGCAGGCAAAAGCUUCAGGUGCAUCGAAGCAAGCGCUUGCAUCGGGAGGGCACCUUCCAGCUGGACAGUCUCUUGUGCCGGCUCUAGGGAGCCCUACCGAAGCCCUCCAGCAGGAGAAUAACACUCUGUCUUGGAGAUAUUCCCAGGAAGUGCACCCAGCCGUAUGCUCCUGGCAGUAGCUGACUGUGCUCUGCCACUGAAACUUGAAGAAGAGCAGUGUGUACUCAGGACUCCAGGGCUGACCCCCUCCGGAGCAAAGCAGGCUCAGAUUUUCAUAGGCUAAACAAGUUCUGAUUUCUCCCUGGGUCAGAGCUAAAACUCAGAACUGCUUGACUUCAUUAGAAGCAAGAGCAUUCAGUCAAUUUCUCAUCCUCUGCCUGGAAAAGCAAGAAGGACCCCAAACAACAUAAACAGCAAAGAGAAAAUCAGCAGCAAGUUCACUUCGUAGAAUACAGGUCUGUUGCAAUAAUGUGUUUCACCCACUGAUUAUAAGAAACAUUAAUAACCCGAAGUCUUACUUGUUACAAAGACAUUAAAUCUAAAAGUAUAUGACCUAAGAAAAAUGUUUUGCUUAAAAUAGAUUUCUUAUCCUUUA